AUCACGUGAGUCUGGGUCACUUUCCAAAGCGCUCCUCCUGCUGUCAGACAUGGCAGCGGCUUCUGCUCCAGCAGGACCCGACCCGACCCAAACAGCGGCGUCUGACUUCAGCAGACCCCCCGUCAUCGAGGGGUUCACGCCUCUGCCGAGGUCCAAGGAAGAAGGAUUUAACGACAAGCUUAUCAGAAAGACGAAAGAAAAUCCUUUCGUGCCGAUAGGUUGCUUUGGCACGGCGUGCGCCCUCACUUACGGACUCAUCGCCUUCAGGCGCGGCAAGACCCAGCAGUCCCAGAUGAUGAUGCGAGCCCGUAUUUUCGCUCAGGGAUUCACGGUGUUCGCUCUCCUGUUUGGUGUUGCAUCGACUGCCUUGAAGCCCAAACAGUGAAUGAGGGGGACGGGGACCGAGUCACGGUGGAGGAGUGAAGAUGGGUGCCCCCAUCUGGCUGACGGUUUGUGUCAGGAAAGCACAGCCGUGGAGGGAAACAACACUGCGGUUUAAUUAUUAUUAUUAUUUUUUAUUAAAGGGUGUGUUUGAUUUGUUAAUGCCCAAGCUAGUUUUCUUAGAAUGAUUGCAACGCAGCAAAAAACAUGGUUGUGUCUCGGAGAUUGAAGCCACCUUUUAAAAGUAAACCAUAUCUCCAUGGAUUUCCGGUGCAGAUUGCCAACAAGGUGUGUUCAGUAGUCCUUUCAGAAACACAAGAUCAAGGGAACGUAAAUAUUAGAUUCUUCAUUUCCCUCAGAUACUAACCCUGGUGUUACUUUGUGUAUACGACAAGCUGUUUAAUGCAACAGAUACAGUAGUCGUCAUAUUUCGGCUUUAGUCUGCUGUCCAUUUUAGAAGUGUUUAAUUUGGCAGGUGUUAUUUCACAGGUAGAAUAAAUCUGUUGUACUAUUUAGAUUUGUAAAGUAAAAAUCUGUUUUUAAAGCAUUUGAACAAAUUGCAUUAAUGGCUUCACACUGUUUUGCUGAUAAUGUCAAAAUAAGUAUUAUGCCAAAAAAAAGGAGGAUUUAUUCUGAGGUAACAGAACUUGUGUAUAAACCAGCAUACCUAGCAGCCACCAUAUUCCCCUUAAAAUUGAAGUCAUUCAUAAAUUGUAUUGAUGGUCACUUAGGUGUCAGUUUUACAGAACGCUUGCACCCAGGUCACCAUUAAGUUUGCUGUGGCCUUUUUAUUUUCGGCAGCGAUGAUUGUUAUAGCACCUUAUUGUAACACAUGUGUGUUCAAAGAAUUAUUAAAACAUAAAACGUG